AUGCUGCAAGACCAGGAUCGCGGCAGACGGGGCAAGAAAGCGCACGCGCGGGCCUCUUCUUCGUUCGACCGCUGGCUGGAACGAACACAGCGGCGUGGUGCUGGCGCACACGGUAGCGGAACGGAAUACCGCUCUUACAUGGAUGAUGCAGGCCACGUCGACCCGCAAGGCAUCGGACAGGCUGCACCGGGCCACCGCAGCACCCACGUGCCGCUGCCUUGGUCGCCGGUGCCGUACUCUGUCUCCCCUCCGGGGCAGCACCGCUGUCUGGAAGAGCUAGAAGGGCUGCUGCUUAUGCAGGGACAGUACAAUCAUAUUUUCCCAGCCGCCGCUGUACGCGACGAGGUGAGCUAUAACGCCAUCAGCGCACCGCGGGUGGCGCCCGCGAGCCGCACUCUGGAUAUGCCGCCCUGCGACGCGACAUCUUGGUGCUCGUACGGCGGCGUCGCUGACUCGCUCUGCGGCACCGUGGAUGGGAUUGCCAAGGAUGGCGGCCGUUCUGCCGCGAUGGGCGGGUCGUUGUUUCUCAACACACCCCACGGCCACAUUCAGGAGCGGAUGGGCCGCUGUGCGCUACCGAGCGGCGGCACCGAUGCGACGGGUGCCAUCAGCGCAGCCGAGGUAGAGGCAGAGCGGUAUAUUGCGCGUCUGGAGGAUGAGGUGCAGACGCUGAUGAUGGAGAUCUCUGACAAGGAUCGCUGCAUUGUCUUGAUGUCGGCUGCGAAGGAUGCGCUGGCGGUUCAGCUGCAGGAGCAGACGAGGAGAGGGGACCUCAUCUCAGACGAGAUUGCCACGCGGCAGAUGCUGAGCUACAGCUUUCUGCGUACGGUGGCGUUUCAUAAGACGCAAGAGGAGAGUAACCGGGCACUGGAGCUCAACACCCAAAUCUCCGUUCUCAAGUACGAGCUGAAGCUUGCAGAGACCAUGCUAGCGCAGUCGCAGAGCAGCGCCACGGCCGCUGAAUGCCAACACCAACAACAGCUGCUCAAGGAAAAGAAAGACGAAGACGAGCUGGCCCGCUCCUUCUCCGCCACUUUACGGCCUCUCCUGCACGACGAGUACGACCGGCUCGCGCAGCUCGUGUCAGAGAUGCCAAGCAAAGUGCAGAUGAUAAUGUCUACAAGCGGUCGCACGCCGCACGGCGAGGGGGACGAUGUUGCAAAGGAUGCGGGGGCGCCUCAGCAGCGACGGUUGUACGAAUUGCUAGAGUCUCUGCUCGCCUCGCGCGGUGGCGCGGCAGUCUCGCCGGUCGGUGCAGCAUCAUCCGCCGCCUGUGCUCCGGCAAACACUCCAUCGCCGUGGCCACCGGCGCUCAAGGACGCGGACUCGUCGCACCUUGUUCGCCUUGUCUCCCGCGUGUGCCACCAUCAUGCUGCUAUGACGGAUCUCUACUGUGCCGAGGCCGACCGAAAGGCGGCGUUGGCGCAGUAUGAGGGUGACAUUGUGCGCCUCAUCAGUGGUAAGCAAAGCGAGCUUACCUGGGCAACGCUGUAUCAGGAGAAGAAGGAUGAGGUGAAGCAUCUGAAGGAGAAGAUAAUGCGCCUGCGGGCAGAGCUGCGGGAUGCAAGAGGGCCGAGUCAACGCGUCGUCAGCAGCGGCCCAAGUGCGUGUAGCGGGGUGGGUAGCGCCAUCAGCACGCGGAGAUACGAGGCGUACGCUGCGCCGUACGUGCCUCCUUCCGCGAGGCUGCUAAGGUCGUCGCAUGAUACGCCAGAACGCUCCUCUAUCUCAUCGCAGGUGAAGCCUCGAAGAGUUGCUGCCAUCAAGAUGCCGAUCGGCGUACUGAGAGAAGAGGCUCGGCGCCUCGGGGCCCUGCCGGCGCCGUACUACCGGCCUCUCGUCAGGCGCGCAUCCUCGUCAAUGAGCUCCCUCUCCGUAUCAAGCAGCCCGACGAAUGCGGAACGGAAGCUGUGGAUUCAGGACCAAAAAUAUGAGGCGAGCGGCAGGCGCGGUGGUUCUGAGGAGGCGGCUGUGGCGUCUGCUGUUGUCGAAGUGCGCACUGUUGUCAGCAGCUCGAGUCACGCAUGGAGCUCAGCUGCGUCCGUCAGUCGAGCCGCGCCACGUCAGUUGGAAGGCGGAGGUGCGUCGCCGUCGGCACAGUCGCCCCCGGAAGCGCUGAUACGUAAAGGCAACGCGAUACCCUCUGCUGCGCAGUCGCAGCCGCGGGUGCGUGAUCCGAGACGAGGCUCAGAGACCACGAGUCAGAAGAGUAUUUCACGAACGGUUGUCUCCAGCUCCUCGUCCUCGUCAUGUAAAAGUGAGGUGCUCCCCGCUGCCCGCGCGCUGAAGGUGGCAACGUUGAAGCGCGUCUUCGCGGCGGAGGAGGCGAGUAGCUCGGACUCCUUAUCCUCGGCCUCCUCCGUAUCUUUACUCAGCCACACCAAGCCACAGAGGGCGGCUGCCAAGCCCACAGCGGCGACGGCGAAGCAGCAGCCCCAAACGAAGGCAGUGCACAACUCCUUUGACGAUGCCGACGACGGCUCGAGCGACGCGGGAGCAGCGACCGGUACGCCUCCCAAGGCGGUCGUGUCCAGCAAGGCGAUCACCUCGGCCGCCGCGGCGUCCAUGCACUCAAAGAAGCGACGCACAAAGGUAGAGAGCGACGAUGACGCGUCUUCUGCCAACGUCAGUAUGACGUCGCUCUCGUCCGUGCCUGGGAAGGCCACAUACGGCGGCCUCAGCACCUCCGCGCGCACGAUCCAAAAUAAGGGCAAAAACGUCGCCGCCUCCAAGCCGACCCACAUGCGGAGGUCAUCCUUUGACGAGGACGACGACGGCGACGACGGAGCCAAAGACAGCAGCAGCUCCGACAGCACCUCGGCCAUCCCGGCUCCUGCACCACGCGCCAAGAUCGGCUCGAGCACGGCAAGGGCCUCCACCGCGGCAACGAAGCCGUCAGCAGGAAGCCAAGCGGUGUCUACUACCACCAACACCACACCUGCGAAGCCAACCAAGCUGAAACUUCCCACAUGGUGA